CACCAAAUUACUUCAUGAAUUGGGAAGCAUCAUCACUCCAGAUGAAUGAAGAUGGGAGAAUCUAUAUGGGAGACUACAACCAUCCUAACUUUAUCUAUGAUGACACCAUAGAUUUGCAAUACAAAGGUCUAUUCAUGGAGCAAGGAAAGGUCCUUACUUCCUACGCCACCAUUGAUUUUUCUGGGAACAAACUAGAAGGACAGAUACCUGAGUCCAUUGGUCUUUUGAAGGCAUUGAUAGCACUCAACUUAUCAAACAACGCAUUCACAGGCCAUAUUCCUCUGUCUUUGGCAAACGUUACGGAGCUGGAGUCAAUAGACCUUUCAAGAAACCAACUGUCAGGGAAUAUACCUAAAGGACUUGGGAGCCUCUCCUUCUUGGCGUACGUAAGUUUGGCUCAUAACCAGCUCACAGGUGAAAUACCGCAAGGAACACAAAUCACUGGGCAAUCUAAGUCCUCCUUUGAAGGGAAUGCAGGGCUUUGUGGUUUUCCUUUGGAAGAAAUCUGCUUUGGAAGUAAUGCGCCACUGACACAAGAGCCUGAGGAAGAAGACGAAGAAGAAGAGGAAAAGGUGUUGAGCUGGAAAGCAGUGGUUAUAGCCUUAUAGGGUAU